AUGGGCAAGGCGCAAAAGAUGAACCUACCUUUGAUACCGCUUCCUCGGGAUGCCAUCCUGCUGCCAGGUCUGGUCCAGAGAAUCUCCGUCACGUCCAGCCGCCAUGAUAUCGCCGCCCUGCUCGCGCAUGUCUACGAACGCGCUGCGUCUAAAGGCCCCGACGGUCGCAUCGACAGCAUCCCCAUCGCGUGCGUUCCUGUCAGCUCACCCUUUGUCGGCCCCAACGGCCAGCUUCUCAUCAGCAAUGGAGAGGAAGUAGACAGGUCUGCAAUCGGCGAGAUCAACCCGGGCUCGGCAAAAAAGAGUGACCUGUACCACUUUGGCGUUGCCGCCAAGAUCAUCGGCAUUGAUGGCCGAGGUGCCGGCGAAUUCGCCUUGCGCGUCGAAGGGACCUCACGCAUUCGAAUCGAUGCGAUUACGCGGGAGCGCCCAUAUUUUGAGGGCCAAGUAACAUACUUCAACGACGACACCGAUAUCGCCGACAAGCAGCUUCAAGACCUCUUUGCCCUACUCAAGGCGCAGUCCCGCGAACUAAUAACGAUUUUGCGAAUUUCUUCCAUGCUGCCACGCACCAAGGCUGGCCCCAGUCUAUCCCCUACCGUCACUAAACGUCUCGAGCUGCUCAUCAUGCGAAGAGAGAUUAAAGAAGCUGGUUUGCUGGCUGACUUCAUGGCCAAUCUCGUCGAGGCUAGCCAUGAGGAGAAACUCGGUGUCUUGGCUGCGCUCGAUGUCAAGGUCAGGAUCACAAAGGUUAUUGAACUUCUCGAACGACAGGUUGGAGGCAUCAAGAACAACUUCAAGAUUACAACAUUCACCUCUGUGCCCGUUCAGAUCCUCGACCGGUUAGGUGAACAUCCAGUCCGAAGGCCCAACUCUCCCCAGCACCUCCCGGGCAUGUCAUUCAUGCCACCCCCGGGUGGCAACAUUCAGGGUGGUAAUGACAACGAGGACCAGGAAGCCAGCGAGAUCGAUGAACUCAAGAAGAAGCUUCAAAAUGCACAGCUUCCACCGGACGUUGCCAAAGCAGUGGAUAGAGAGCUUCGUCGUCUGCAGAAGAUGAUGCCGAUGAACCAAGAAUACCAGGUCACUCGUAACUGGCUGGAGACUCUGUCGGAGGUUCCCUGGGCUGUCAUUACCGACGAUAGACUUGGUCCCGAGACAUUAACACGGGCGCGAAAGCAAUUGGACGACGAUCACUAUGGACUUGAAAAGGUCAAGAAGCGGCUCAUCGAGUAUCUCGCUGUACUUCGUCUCAAGCAAUCCAUCAACGAUGAAGUGGAACAGAAGAUCCGCUCUGAACAAGCGCUAGUUCAUCAACCUGACUCGAAUACUGAGCAAGAUCACGAUCAUUCCGAUGCUGAGGCUGCCCAAAUCCAGGUCCUCAAGUCGCAGAAGAUGACGGACAAGUCCCCCAUCAUGCUCCUGAUUGGACCUCCCGGUGUCGGCAAGACCAGCCUUGCCAAAUCAGUUGCUACAGCCCUCGGUCGCAAGUUCCAUCGUAUCUCCCUCGGUGGAGUACGCGACGAAGCGGAGAUUCGUGGCCACAGACGUACCUAUGUCGCCGCUAUGCCUGGCCUCAUCGUCCAAGGUCUGCGCAAGGUUGGGGUUGCGAAUCCGGUGUUCCUUCUCGACGAAAUUGAUAAGAUUGGCAUGGCUAGUGUCCAUGGUGAUCCUUCGGCUGCUAUGCUCGAGGUUCUCGAUCCUGAGCAGAAUCAUACUUUCCAGGAUCACUAUAUUGGAAUGCCUAUCGAUCUCUCCAAGAUCCUCUUUAUCGCGACCGCGAACAAUUUAGAUACCAUCCCCGCACCUCUCCUCGAUCGCAUGGAGAUGAUUUAUCUGCCAGGCUACACAAUUCUGGAGAAACGGCACAUUGCGAUGCAGCAUCUUGUUCCCAAGCAGAUUCGGGCCAAUGGCCUCGCGGAGGAUCAAAUCAUCUUCAACGAGGAUGUUGUGUCCAAGGUCAUUGAGUCAUACACGCGCGAAGCUGGUGUCCGGAACUUGGAGCGCGAACUGGGGUCAGUUUGUCGGUCCAAGGCUGUGCAGUACGCCGAGGCUAAAGACGGUGGUCGCCUCGACCACUACAAGCGCGAGCUCUCAGUGGAGGACCUGGAAGACAUUUUGGGUAUCGAGAAGUAUGAGGAAGAGAUCGCAGAGAAAACGAGCAGGCCCGGUAUUGUUACCGGGUUGGUUGCGUAUAGCACUGGAGGCAAUGGAAGCAUCUUGUUCAUCGAGAUUGCUGACAUGCCUGGAAGAGGAACCGUUCAACUCACUGGCAAGCUUGGCACAGUUCUAAAGGAGAGUGUCGAGGUGGCACUCACCUGGGUCAAGGCCCAUGCAUUCGAGCUCGGUCUGACUAACGAACCCUCUGCUGAUGUGAUGAAAAAUCGCAGUAUUCAUGUCCACUGUCCCGCCGGUGCCAUUCCGAAAGACGGGCCCAGCAGUGGCAUCGGACAGGCUAUUGCUCUCAUUUCUUUGUUUUCUGGCAAGCCAGUACCUCCUACGAUGGCCAUGACGGGCGAAAUUUCAUUGCGCGGCCGCGUGACUGCUGUAGGUGGUAUCAAGGAGAAGCUCAUCGGCGCUCUCCGAGCCGGUGUGAAGACGGUCAUUCUCCCUGCGCAAAAUAAAAAGGAAGCAAAAGAUCUUCCGCAGGAAGUCAAGGAUGGUCUGGAGAUUAUCCAUGUGAGUGAGCUCGGAGCGCUUCCCGCCUAA